UCCUCUUCUCGCUUUCAGGACGAGGCCAGCCAAUCUACCAGUGAGUUUCGUAAUCAGCCUAACCUGAGUCCCACCGACAACCAAUCACCGCUCGUUAAUACCAGAGCUCAAGGGGACUUACCUGGGCAGCUCACAGCAGAUCACCUUGUAAGCAGAGUCACCUGAAGGAGGGACUGGUCAGCCUACCUGACUCAACUACGCAAUCAACAAUCACGUCAAUUAGUUAUCUGCCCUACCUGUUAUUGAACGAAUCAAGUCAUUGUUCACAGGAAAGUUCAAAGUAAAGACCAGUGACAUUGGAAAGUGCGUGUGAGAGUAUGAAGAAAAGGAGACAUUAACGAAACUACAAUCACUUAUAUUCAAUCCCCAAAUCCGUGAGAUCGCAAAAGAACACCCGAAAGACAGGAAAGAAAAAUAAGGAAAAGAAACCGUGACCUCAAAACCACAUCGCAGGAGACCUCAUGAAUGGGAAACUUGAGCGCAAAGGUGAGACAAGCCAUCACUCACCCUCGUGUUGUGUUAUUGGAGACAAAUGCACCUUGAGAGUACUUGAAAUGGUUUUGCAUUAGGGAGCACCUUAAACAGGGGAAGGUGAGAGGAAUCCUAAAACCACAAGUGGGCAAUGUGACAGGACUUUACGCAACUUGACGCCGACCUCAUAACUCUGUCGAGCUAUGGUUGAGAUGGACACGAUGGAUAUGGAUGGAGAGAACACCGACGUACCACUGGACGAGGACACUGGCAUCGAGCCGUUCCUCACCUUCCUGCCGCCUUACAUCCUCUGCAACACGACCAACUACACGAAGCUGCCGCUCUGCAACAAUGACACGAAGUUGGUGGAGGAAAACCAACAUUUCGAGUACGCCUUCAUCGUCGCUAUCGUGGUGCCCAUCAUCUUCGGCAUCAUCGUACUCGUGGGUCUCUUCGGCAACACCCUCGUCGUCAUCGUCAUCAUCGCCAACAAGCAGAUGAGGUCCACCACCAACUACCUUAUCUUCAGCUUAGCCAUGGCGGACCUGCUCUUCAUCGUGUUCUGCGUGCCCUUCACCGCUUCGGACUACAUCCUCGCCUCAUGGCCCUUCGGCAGCAUAUGGUGCCAGACGGUGCAGUAUCUCACCUACGUCACCGCCUACGCCUCGGUCUACACACUACUUCUACUCUCCUUCGACAGGUUUCUCGCCGUGGUUCACCCCAUAGCGGCAAUGACGAUACGCACGGAGGCAAACGCUCUGUACGCCAUCUGCUGCUGCUGGGUGCUCAUUCUCACCUCCUGCAUCCCGCUGUACCUGUGCCACGGGAUCAAGAAGCAGAAUUAUGACGGGAAGGUGUACAUCCAUUGUGGCUUUCUCGAUGAAGAUUAUAACCACAUGGCUUUCCACAUCGGCUUCAUCACCACCAUGUACUUCGUGCCCCUCGCAGUGAUCGUGGUGUUGUACCUCAUGAUCCUGAACCGCCUGUGGUACGGAGUGGUGCCGGGGGGAAGCCGCAGCGCCGAGAGUGUGCGGGGCAAAAAACGAGUGACGAGGAUGGUGGUGAUUGUGGUGGUCACCUUUAUUGUGUGCUGGUUCCCUAUACAGCUGGUGUUACUGCUGAAGUCUCUCGGCCUCUACCAGAUGACGACCCUCAAGAUCAUCAUGCAGAUAGCGGCGCAGGUGUUGGCGUACAUCAACUCGUGCGUCAACCCCAUCCUCUACGCCUUCCUCUCUGACCCCUUCAGGAAGGCGUUCAGGAAGGUGAUAUCCUGCGGGCCUCAGCGAAGGAUGACAGUAAACGGACGCACGGACGAGAGGUCGCAGGAGUGCCGGCCAAUCAACCCUCGCCGCAGCCCUCAGUCCAUGCCCAUGACUCAUUUUAUGAGCAGCUCACAGCACCUCAGUCCCUCAGCCAACGUCUUACGGCACGCCACCACCACCAGCAACACCACCACCACCUCCUUCACCAACGGCGCCACCAGAGAGGACGGCUCCACGGGAAACAAUGUGCAGGAGGUCGGGUUCCUGGGCUACAGCACUCCGAACUGUGGCGGGGGAGUUACGGACACGUCAUGCAACUCGAGUCUGGCCCCUGAAUAGCGAACACCUGACGCCUCCUAGCCCGUCUGAGGAGUAAAGACCUCCCUGUCCCUUCCUCUGCCUCCUUUCCCUAACAUACCACCGCCGACACCACCGCCAUUGUCAUACCCCUUCACUACCGCCCCCACGACAUCCCCAGCCCAUUUCACCACCCAUAUCCUCUCCAUUUCACCCUAAAGUCUCCGCACAGCAAGACUCGAGUGAGCUGCUUUAACUUAGCUAACGAGGUGGACUUUUGCUGUUUAUUGCAGCGAGAACACAUCACAGGACGAGCUUUGGGGAGUUGUUGUUGCGAGGGAGGAGAGGCACCGGCGCCACGAUCAUUGAUGUUUCUCUCAAAGAGUUUUAUUGGCGAAGUGUUUCGAAGUGUGAAUACAAUAUAUAAAAAGUAUAUAUAUUUUUGUAAAUACAACUACAAUACAUGAAUCUUAAUACGUAUACAUAUUACACUUAGCGAUAAACCAUUUACUGAUCCAUGUUAAUUUUUGGUCUCUUUAUCUUAAUGUUAAGUUCAAGGAUUCGACGUGUGUGUGUGUGUUUGUGUGUGUGUGUGUGUGUGUGUGUGUGUGUGUGUGUGUGUGUAUGUGUGUGUGUGUGUGUGUGUGAGAGAGAGAGAGAGAGGGAAAGAGAAGUGUGCAUGACAGCUGUCUGCACGCCAGAAUCCUGCAGCGUUUUCCAUACAUCGACCUGUCUUUAGACGGAACGAGCUACCCAGGACCACCAGGACCC